UAGUCACAAGAAAGUGAUUUACACACAAAUGAAUUGUCCCUUUUCACCUGAAUCCUCCCAGUUCUACUGCCAAUUAUACGCUGAACCUUGAGAUUCUUAGUGGUCACAGUGCCCUGUCUGACACAGAGCUGGCAUUCCACAGUCAAGGAGGCCUGGACAAAGGUGGAGGGCAGCAGGACAGUUCUGGCCAAGACCUGAGAGCCUCUCUGUGCUCAUGGAAUUCACAGCUCCACCAGUGCUGUGCUGAGUUCAUGAAUGAGGAUCUCCUUGUGGUACAGGCAGGAGGCUCAGGAGAACCCGUGUGCAAAUAUUUCGUGUUAAACAUCAAAGCUUGCCAAUUUGGACCAAGAUGCCACAGAGAAAUCAGCUCUCACAGACAACUCCAAGAUGUUCCAAGAUCAGUCUCCAUAGGACACUGACUACUGGAAUGCAACUGAAAAGUGACAAUGAACAGUUCUCAUUCAGGAUCAUGUGGCCCCUAUCUCUUUGGAUCUUUGGAAAAGUGCUGGUAUCUGGUGGGGCAACUAACACCAGGAGCCAGGAGGAAAACUGGAAGAGAUGUGUGUCCCACAAGCCUCCUCGAGGACCUGUCCCCAUGACCUAAAGACCUCCCACCAGGCCCUGUCCUACAGAUGGUCCACCUUCUCCCCAUAGUGCCACACCGGGGACCAGGCAUCUAGCUCACAGGCCUUUGGGAGUACUCAUCCAAACUGUGUUCCACACUAAGAGCAAGACUUGUGUUUCACAAAAAACCAAUAAACCAAAGAAAUGAGACUCACACUGGAAGAGGGUAUUUUCAACAGUGAAGAAAAAGUUAGUAUCCACAAUCACAAGGUUAAUGAAGAGAUAAGCCUGCCACUCAAAGAAGGACCACAUGGUCAAAUAGUUCCUCACAAAGGAGGAAAGAGGAAUGACCCAGAUCAUGGCCAGUCCUAUCAGGAACUGAGAAGAGGCAAGUUAACACCACAGUACACAGUGAGACAUCCAAUCACUAGAAGAAAAUACAAAGCUAUGACAACAGUAAUGCAGGAUAUGAAAUGCGAAAUGUUGAUGUGUUGCAGGAGGACCCUGGAUUGCAUCUAUCCUAAAGCACCGCUAUUCAAGACAUCCUAUUAUUAAAGACAACUCCUAAAGAAAAAAAACCAUAAAACCAAAGCUGGGUACCACAAGGAAAUAAAUAUCAGGUUACAUAUACUAAGAUCCAUUUUGGUCUUUUUAGGGAAAAGUUCACCAUAAAGCACUUCUAUGCAUUUAAAACCAGGGAAAACAAAACUGGUCAAGUAUUUCUGAAGAACCAUUCCCAUCAGUCUGAUGCUCCUCAAUCCCUUUGAAUGCACAGUCCACACCGAGUCCCCACACCGUGUCCCCUGCCUGCCAACCUGUGUGCUGGCCUGCAGUGGGUCACAGAAGGCCAAUCGCAGCCUACUCCUCUGAUAACUAGGCCUGUGUCCUCCCUUGGAAACUGGGCUGACUUGCAGCUCUAACCCAGCACAGUGGAAGUGACACAGUGUGACUUCUGAGGUGAUGUCAUAAAGGACUUCUACAAAUACCCUCUCAUGAGGUACUGAGCCACUGUGAAAAACUGUCAGCUCCCCUUCCCUGAUGCCACGAUGCUCUGAGGAAGCCUGAGUCACCUGGAGAGGUCUGGCAGUGUGGAGAACAACUGGAUUAACAUUUACUCAUUUGUGGCAGAUUUGGUGGCCAGAUACAAAAACCCCAGCCUGCGCAUGUCCUUCAUUGUCUUUUCCCGAGAUGCUAAAGUCAUCAUGCCGCUCACCGCAAACAGAGAUGAAAUCUACGAUGGUCUUAACAGACUCCAGUGGGUGGCACCUGGAGGCUACACACUCAUGCAAGAAGGGUUCAAACGGGUAAACGAACAGAUCAUGAGAUCCCAAUAUGGAGGCAGGAAAGUAGCCAGCGUGAUUAUUGCCCUAACCGACGGGAUGCUGAUGGAAGAGCCAUUUAAGCAGACAAAGGAGGAGGCUGACAAGUCCCGGAGCAUGGGGGCUAUCGUUUACACCGUGGGUGUGCUGGACUAUGACAAAGACCAGAUGAUGGCAAUUGCAGACACCCCAGGACACAUGUUUGGGGUGAACAGUGACUUCAAGGGUCUGAAGGACAUCGUGAACUCACUGGCCUCCAAGUCCUGUCUGGAGGUGACAUCAGUGGAACCACCCUCUUUGUGUGUGGGAGAGCCCUACAUGGUGGUCUUCACUGGACAAGGUUUUCAAAAUGCAAAAGGCUCAGACCAGGUUAUUUGCAGAUUCAAGUUCAGUGCCACCAACAUCUACGAUGAAAAAGCCAUCAGUGUGGAAGACUCUUCCAUAACGUGUCCUGGACCGAAGCUAGAUGAGCCUGGACAGGAGCUCUCUGUUGAACUCAGCCUGAACAGUGGCGCCAGCUUCAUCGGGAACAAAUUCAACCUCACCAGCAUCGACUGCGUGAAAACCACCACCAGGCAACUCCAAGCCAAAAUCAAGCCCUACCUGAAAUUCCUGCCGGCCCUCUUGCUGAUCCCACUGUUGCUGUGCUGUUGCUGGAUGCUGUGGAGGAGGAAGUUCCCCAAGAAGCUGCCAGCGCCUCCGCCUGAGCCUGAAACACCAGAGAAAGAGCCACCACCCACACCCCAGCUGGAAAAGGAGCGAGAAGAGGAGAAAUGGCCUCCUCCUCCCCCUCCCCCUCCCCCUCCUCCUCAGCAGCCACCCCCUCCCCCUCCUCCUCCUGUGAACACCAGCCCCACAGUGAUCGUCUCCUGCUGUGGGUGUGGGUCCAGAACCGUAGAGGGCAAUAUGGACUCCUGUUGCAACUAUGUCUACUCAGGCUGCCGCCAAAUGCCACUGACAUCGUGUCAGCCCAGAGUCCCGGGGAGGUGCCCCAACAUCACCCUGUUGAAUCCCCACUGUGCACAGGAUUCCUGUGGCCAGAAGAUUUGCAUCCAACCCAGUAGGAAGUACUGCCACCUUACACAGCCACCCUGUGCCUCUAGGACCUGUGCUCAACCCAUCAAGGAGUGCUACCCCCUCCCACGGUGCACCCCAAGGAUCUGCCGUCAUCCCAGCAGGGAUUGUUUCACCAUCCCAGAGGAACCGAGCACCCCAACGAUGCACCUAUCACCUAGCCAGGAGAAUAUCUAUGCGCAGUGCUACCUCCCAUCCAGGUGCUCCAAGAGUCCUUCCAGGAUGCUACCGCUGCUCUCUCCCUUUGCCCGGAAAUCUGCAGACUUCCUUGGCCCCUCCCGUUCCCACCGCCCAACCUCUAAAAGCACAAAAAUCUAUGACUAAGAGAUCUUUGUUACUAAAUUGAAUGUAAUGUA